AUGUAUAAAUGCAUGAAUGUUAAUCGUUUUCAUUUCAUUGAAGGUGAUACUGAUUCAUCUUAUUGGGCAAUCGCUGGCGAUCCAAGUCUUCCUAACACUCAAGCAUUUCAAGCAAUUGUUACCGAUAAAAAAUUUUAUGAUAAAAACAUUUUCAAAUUCGCACCAUUUGAUUUCUUCUGUUUUGAUGAGAAAUUUAAACCUAAAUUAAAGAAUAAAGCUGAAGAAAAAGCACAUGAGAAAAAAUUAUUGGGUUUAGCAAUUGAGAAACAAGGUGAUAACAUGGUGGCGUUAUGUCCUAAAUGUUAUACUUCAUUUAAUGGAAUGAUAGGUGAAGACUCCUUCAAAAAGAUUGCACAAAAAAUGAAAGGUGUUAGUUUACGACAAAAUAAGCAAUUAACACCUAAAAAUUAUUUGGAUAUAAUAAAUGAUAAAGUGAUAUUUGAUGGUCAGAAUAUUAAUUUACAACUUAAAAACGGGUCAAUGACUCGCUUAACAAUCGGUAAGACUGCAUUAACAGGAGCACACACUAAGGCUGUAUGUUGUGAAAAUGGAUGUUGUAUGCCAUUUAUUUAA